AUGAAUGAUAAAAACGUAUUAUUUGAAGAAAAGUUAUCAAAGAUAAAAACACAGUGUUUAUCCAAAAAUGAUCAUCAAAAACAGAUUGCUAUCAUAUUACUUGCUAUAGAAGACACAUUACGUAAUGAAAAUGCAGAAGGCAAUAUUGUAGCGUAUUUUGGGUCUUUUUUGGCACUUUUGGAAAAAUCAUUACAAGACACAAAUAAUAAAAAUCUUCUCUAUCCAAUACUUUAUCUUCUUAAUGUAGCAAUUCCAUUUACAAGCAAGUCUUUACUUCGUGCAAAAUUUGAUAAAAUAUCUACUAUUUUAAGUGCUGUUUUGGCUCAACCUCAAAUAAAUACAUCUAUUCUACGGCUUAUCAUUAAUUGUCUACAAAAUUUUUUGAUUAUUCAGGACAAUUCUACAUGGACAAACCCUGAUAAUAAUAUAAAGUCAAUAUUUACAUGUUUAUUAAUAUUAGGUUUAGAUUCCAGACCCAAAGCUAGGAAAAAAACCCAUGAAGCAAUUAGUAAAAUCUUAAAUAAUCCACCACCUAGUCCAUCAAUAAUGCAUCCUAUUCUUGAAUUUGCUUCAAAAGAGACUCUUUACAUAGCGAAAAAAAUAGUUCUUGGAGAUAAAGAAGAUAUAAAAUAUAAAAACAAAAUAACUUUUGAUCAUUCAAAAGCAAUUUAUGCUUUUCAACUUAUAAAAGUUAUCGUGGAUUCUGGUGGAUGGCCAUCGUCAAAAAUAGGGCAGCUUUGUGAUAUGCUAAUGGAUGUAUCAAUGACUAAAGAUUAUUAUCUGGUUAUAAUAGCUUUUGAAAUUUUUCAAAUUAUAUUUAAAAAAUCAGAUUUUAUAUCUGAAAAAUUACGUGAGAUUUUGAAUUUAAUAAUAAAAAGGAACCCAUCCGAAAAAGAUAUUAUACUUCUCCCUCCUUGGCUUUCAACACUAAUUGCAGGAUUCGAAUCAUAUUUCAAGCUUGAGGAAAAUCAGGCAUUUGAUCUUCUUCCUCAAAUAUUUAUGAAUAUAUUUCCUCUUCUUCAAUCUAAUUCUUUGGAAAUUCGAACAUCUUGUAACGAAGUUUUAGUAAGAUUAAUUACUAAUUGUAUUCCUGAUUGCAUCGAAAAAAAUAACGAAAUAAUAAUUAAACUAAUUGAGUUAACUAUGCAAGGAUUUACUUUAAAUUAUCGAAUAGCAUGGAAAGAAGUAUUCAAAAUGUUAAUAGCUUUUUUUGAAAAUCUCCCUUUUUAUAUUGAUCCUUAUUUUAUAAAUGCCCUAAAACUAGUGGAUGAGAUGCGAGAAAAAGACAAUUUUGAUGGAAAAUUAGAAGCCGAUCAAGUUAUUGGUGCAGCUAUCAAAGUACUUGGACCAGGACCUAUUUUAAAAAUUCUACCAUUAAAUCUUGACUUAGAAAACAAAAAAUCACCCACAAGAACAUGGAUGUUAACAAUAUUACGAUCUAACAUUUCUAACACAGAAUUACAGCAUUUUAUAUCCGAAUUUAUUCCACUUAAUGAGCAAUUAUACCAAAAAAUAAUGGAAAACAAAAACCCUAUUCAAGAAAAAAUGUAUAAAGCUUAUAUUGAACAAAUUUGGGCACUUUUUCCUAGCUAUUGUAAAUUUCCGAGAGAUCUUAAAACAGCAUUUAAUGAAAACUUCGUUGAAUUAUUAAUAGAAAUGCUUUAUAAUCAAACCGAUCUUAGACCUAUUAUUUGUCAAGGUUUACAGAUACUUAUUAAUAAAAACAAAGAAAUUAUUGAUAAUAAUGAUAACGACAAAUCUAAACUUAAGUUUCGGAUUACAGAAUCUAACGCAGAAAAAAAUUUAAUUUAUUUACAAAAAUUUGCACCUAAUAUACUUUCAACACUUUUUAAUGUUUACAGUCAAACAUUAUCUCAAUUUCGGGAAUAUAUAUUAACCUGCAUAAAAUCAUGGUUAUCUAUAACAAGUAAAGAGGAAAUUGGAAACAUUUUCAACAGAGUUAUCGAAUUACUGUCUCAGUCUUUAAAAGAAAAACCAAAAAUAAAUUCACAUAAAGAAAACCCAAACUCUAUAUCCUAUGCAAUGUUAGACCUUUUAAUUAUCAUGACCAUUCAUCUUUCAUCUGAAGCAAGUUUACAACUUUACAAGAUAGUUAAUUUUCAAAUUUCAAACGAAACGGAUCAUAUUCUUCAAAAAAAAGCAUACAAUUUAUUUUGCAAAAUGGCAGAGAAUCCGUCCAUUAAGGAAUUUUUAGAAAAUAAUAUACAAGAAUUACAAAAAAUAUUUCUUGAAAAUGCAUCAAAAACAGAAACUUCUAUAAAAAAGUAUCGUUUCUCUGCAUUAUUUCACAUAAUAAAUAUGUUACCAUCAACAGAUUUACAUUUUAUACCAUUAAUAUUAUCAGAAGUAAUAAUGGGCACAAAAGAUUCAAAUAAAAAAGCUAGGUUUAUGGCAUAUAGUCUUUUGAUUUCAAUUGGAAAUAAAAUGUCAGAAAAAGGUAUUAUUGAAAAUACUAAAAUACCAAAGAUAGACACAGCAUCUAAUAUAAAGACUGGUAUUCAUGAAUUUUUUACUAUGAUUUUAGCCGGUUUAGCAGGAAACUCAUCACAUAUGAUUAGUGCAACUAUAAUAUCUAUUACAAAACUCUUAUUUAAGUUUAAAGAUUCUUUAAAUCAAGAUUUUGUCAACAAUUUAUUAAAUACAGUAUAUAUGUUUAUUACAUCUAGUAACUAUGAAAUUGCAAAAUCUGCACUAGGAUUUGUAAAAAUGACUAUUGUAUGUCUUCCUAUAUCUAUUAUGGAAAAUUAUUUAUCCAUGUUAAUACCUAAUCUUAUGAUUUGGGCUCAUGAACAUAAAGGCCAUUUUAGAGCGAAAGUUAAAAAUAUUAUAGAAAAAAUAAUAAGACGUUACGGAUUUGAGACUGUUGAGAAAGAGAUUCCAGAACAAGAUAAAAAGUUAAUAAUAAACAUAAAAAAAAGAAAAGAACGUCUUAAACGAAAAAAAAUAGCUAAAGAAAACAAUUUAGGAAAUUCUGCAUCAAAUAAAAGGCAUAAUGCUUUAAAUAAUAAAAUAUAUAAAAAUAAAGACACUGAUUCUGGUAUUUCCGUUUCUACUGACAAUUCAGAUUUUGAAAAUGAAGAAAUCUCUAAAAAACAACAAGCACUUAUUAAAAAGGCAGACGAUGAAUUAAUUGAUCUUUUGGAUACAAAUUCAUUAGUUCAAGUAGUAAAAACUAAUUUUAAAAAUUCUAAAAAAAAUAAACAACAACCUAUAAUUUCACAAUUUAAAAUUGAUGCCAAUGGAAAAAUUAUUAUUGAUGAUCAAAAACAAGAUUUAAAAAAAUCUUCAAAAUCUCCAGAUGAUAAUUUUAACGCGUACCUCAGUUCUAUAAAAAAUAAAGAUGGGUUUUCUCGAGGAUAUUCUAACAAAAUACGCUUUAACAAAAGAAAAAAAGAAAAUGAUGAUGAUAGUAGCGAUACAGAAAAUAGUCUACAGAAUAAACGCUUAAACAAUCAAAAUAAAAAAAACGUUCAAAAUUCUAAACAUACCAAAAAUAAACAAAAAAUUAUUAAAUUUAAAUAA